AUGUCCGAACGGCCUCACGAGAGGAAACCUGUUGAUAUUUUUUUACAGGACACUGUUGAUUCAAGAAGAUUUGAAACAAAUUCCAAUUCUAUUAAUUUUGGACCAUGGCAUAUAUCGUAUAAUAUAAGUUGCAUUUUACCCAGUGUGUGUUCAACCAAAGUUGUAUGCGAGCGGAAUGACGAUCAAUUUUGCCAGUUUUGUAUAUACUGCAAAGAGCUGACUAUACCUCAUUUUCCGGAUAUGGUAUUCCCUAAGAACAUCCUGACUUUGACACAUAAAAGUGGGGCCAUUAUAAAUUUUAACCCAUUGGAUGCACUGAGGCGUGUGGCAAAUACUGUGAAAGCUAUUGAAGUUGCUUGUGCUGAGGCUUGGCAGGAAUCUAGACCAGAUGCUGAAAAGAAAAAACGAACAUUUGAUUGGACAUUCUCAACAGAUUAUAAAGGAACAUGCACAGAUAAUAUUGUUAUUGAAGCUACAGAUGAAACUAUAAACUAUGAUGUGUUAAAACAAAAGGAGCAAAUUCUCUUUUAUCAUGAUCUUACUCUGUUUGAAGAUGAAUUACAUGAUCAUGGAGUGUCCAAGCUUAGUGUCAAGAUAAGAGUUAUGCCCUCAUGCUGGUAUAUACUUCUUAGAUAUUUUUUGAGAGUUGAUGAUGUAAUGGUGCGUUCAAAUGAAACUAGGAUGUUUCAUAUGCUCAACUCUGACUAUGUAUUGAGAGAAUAUACAGUAAAAGAAUCAUUGGCAAAGGAUUUGAAUAUACCUACGGCCCAAAUGAAAGAAGCAGAUGACGUUAUUCCAUUCCUACCAGUAACACAAAAAAAUACAGAGAAGUUGAUAGUCAAUUUCUAAUGCAUGUAAUAUAAGAUUUACUGAUCUCUAUAGUUAUGAAUUAUUUUGUAUAAAUAAGUAAUAAUAAUGAGUAAA